UUUUUGCAAUAAAACAAAUUUUUAGUUGAAAAUAUUUUCAUUUAUAUUCUUUAUAACUGAUUUUUAUAUUUAUAUUCUAAUUACAAAAAUGGCGAAAAGUGAAAAUAUUGAAGAUUGGGACCAGCCUAUACCAACACCAGAAGAAAGUAGCGAGGACUUCGAUGAGAAGCUAACUUUUGAGAAACGCCAGCAUAAUAAUAAUCUCAAUAAACUAAAAGAAUAUGUAGAAUUAAUGGCAUAUAGACCAGUUAAACCACCACACGUUAGGCCCUAUACUGAUUCUUUAUCAAAACCUAAGAAAAGAUCUUUAGUGGAUAAUGCAAAACAAUUUUCCGAGUUUAUGGUACCCUUAGAAAGAGGCAAACGUUUAAAACGUUUAGCAUCGAAGCACGAUACAAUUACUGUGGAACAACUUGAGCAAAUAAUUCGAUCUGAAAAGACUAAAGAGCGCCAGAAAGAGGAUACUUUAAAACGUAAACAAGAAAUAUAUUACGAAAUGCUCACAAAACUGGAACUGCAAUGUAGAACGCAAUAUCUAAAUGUUAUGUUGAAAAAGUUUGCUAAUUUUAUAGCGAAAUUAGCAACAACAUUACGUAUACCAGCGACAUUAGUUGAUCCAUAUGCUCGCAUGCAACGCGGUAUAUUUUGUAAUAUUUUGCAAUCAAUUGGUGUGGAACAGACAACACAGGCUGGCAUUUAUUACAAUACCAAAGAGGGUAGUGAAUAUGAAGUGUGCCAUAAGUUAUCACAUGCACUACUGAGUCUUAUUAUAAAAGCGCUAGAUCUAGCUUCAACACGUAAUCCAGAUGAAAUACAGCCUGUAGAAACUGAUUUCAAAAUGGACAAUUAUAUAAAGGAAAGAUUGUUGAGUGCGGCUGAAAAGAAAAUACAGAGUAAAAAACUCAUCAGUCGUACAAAACUUGUGAAAUCAGAUACUUUAGAUAGCAAAUUGGAAAAAUGUGUUCCCAACGUUCAGAAGUAUUUGUAAUUAGAAAUCAAAAUAUGUGUAAAAAGCAUUUUUUGUAUGUUCAUUGCAAUCUUUUUAAAAUUUAGCAAUUAAUUUCGGACUGACAUAUGGGCCUUUACAGGGUCCCGAAUCAUACAUAAUGUGAAACAAUAAAGAAAAUAAUUUUUUUC